AUGGUAGUCGAGGUAGUUGCAACGACAGCGAUUGGGGGGGGGGGGAGGGAGGGGGGAGGAAGUGGUGGUGGUGAUAGCAGCAACAAUGGGUGUAAAGGUAACGAUAGUAGUAGGGGUGGAGGUAGCAUCAAUGUUGGCGGGUGUAAUUGUGGUGGCAGUGAUGACAGUUGUGGUAUUGUUGGUGGCAAUUACAACAACGAUGGAGGUGGCAAUGGUGGUGAUGUUAGUGGCGGCGAUUGUGGUUGUGGUAGUAGUCAUGGUGGUUAUGGUUGUGGUGGCAAUGGUGGUUGUGGUGGCAAUUAUGAUGGUCGUGAUUAUGGUUAUGGUGGUAGUGGUGGCGGUGGUGACGAUUAG